UAUGAAGCGGUCAAGGUCAACGGAUACACAUGCAAGGACACAACACAAGUAACACCACAAGACUUCUACUUCCAAGGCCUAGCCACCGCCGGAGCCGCUUCCAACACCUCCACCGGAGCCAUCGUAAUCGGAGCCACCGUAGAGAAGUUGCCAGGGCUCAACACACUCGGCCUCUCCAUGUCCCGCAUUGACUACGCGCCAAACGGCCUUAACCCACCGCACGUCCACCCACGCGCCUCUGAGAUCAUCUACGUCCUAGAGGGUCAGCUCUACUACGUAGGCUUCGUUACAACCGCUGGAAAACUCGUUGCUAAACACAUCAACAAAGGAGAAGUCUUCGUUUUACCCAAAGGGCUUUUACAUUUUCAGAAGAACGUUGCUAAGUCGGCUCCAGCUUCUGUAAUAGCAGCUUUUGAUAGCCAGUUGCCUGGAACACAGUCGCUUGUGUGUUCUCUCUUUGGUGCUCUUCCUGAAGACAUUCUUGUUAAGUCUUUCCGGUUCAAACCCAAACAGGUUAAGAAGAUCAAGUCCAAAUACCAACCCAAGAAAUGAGACAAGAACAGAAAACUAACAACACAAUCUUUUUCUUCUUGUUUUGUUGCUCCCUUAUAAUACACUAAUCAAAGAAGAUAAGAUUAAGUUUGCAACUUUUAAACAAAAAAUCAAAAUAGAUUCUUGUCUUAACAGAGAUUCUUUUUAGUAAAUUAUUAAUACAACUUUCAUAAAAUAGGAAGAAAAGAACAAUAAGAGUUGAGAAAAAGACAAAAAUAGCACUAAAUCAAGUUUUUGUUCCCAAACUAGCACUCAAGGUCAAAAGUCACAAAAAUAGCACUUAAUGUUUUAUCAAAAGUCACAAACUUAGGGUUUAGAGUUAAAGGGUGAGGUUUAGAAUUUAGGGUUUAGAGUUUAGGGUUCAGGGUUUAGAGUUUAGAGUUUAGGG